AUGUCAUCUUGGAUAUCAAGAUUCUGGAAGAGGGACAAUGCUAAUGGAGUGACAGGCAAUGGCAAUGGCAAUGGGAUGUCUGGCGAUUCAAGUCCUUUAUUGUCAUCUUCACAACAUACUGGCUAUCAAUCAAUGUCACAAGGCGGUGGCGGUGAUGCAGGUGGCUUCACACCUCCACUUCCACCAUUCGAACAAAUAAACGUGGCCAAUGACCAGGGACAUGUGGAUGGAAGUAAUAGCAAUCACAACAGUAAUAGUAUAUUGUUGGAUGGUAUUAUGGUCGACAGCAACAGCCUACAGUCCACCAACCAUAACGAUGUAAUAUAUAACAUCAUCGAGAAUGAGCCGUACGAUAGUUCCGAUGACGAGCACUCGCGCGGCGACUCGAUGCCAGCGCCACGCAAACAAUCAAUCACCAUGCAUGGCAACGAUGAGACACCCUCCACCUGGAGAACCUUUGUAAAUAAGCUGCGAACCAUCCAAAAGAAGGAACAGCUCACCCAAUCGGGCCGCUAUAUCAGGCCGGUGCCGCCACCCGAGUCCUCUGGCAGUCAGAGCGAGCCACGCGGUACUCGUAGACGUCGGUUCUACGAUACCGUUGUGUCCAAGACACGAACUAUGCGCAAGAGAGCACCAUACUAUAUACCUGUACUUAGUUGGUUACCAAAGUAUGAUAAGCGCAACCUGCCAGGCGACGUUGUGGCAGGCAUAACAACUGGAAUAAUGAUGAUCCCACAGGCCAUGGCAUAUGCCAUCCUCGUGGGCAUCCCAUCAAUCAAUGGAUUGUACACAGGACUAUUGCCCGUGUUGAUAUACUGUAUCUUUGGUACGUCGCGACAGCUGAGCGUUGGACCCGAGGCCGCCGUCAGUCUCAUUGUCGGUACAACAUUGCGCGAGAUAUCCGACGCCAAUGAGAUACCGCUCACCAGUGCCGAGUUGGUGGAGAUGGCCACCAUUCUAUCAUUCAUCGUUGGUAUAUUCUCGCUGACACUUGGUCUAUUCCGUUUUGGUUUCCUGUCCGAGGUGUUGUCUCGACCACUCAUUCGAGGCUUCAUCCUGGCGGUGGCUGCGACACUUGUGCUCGACCAGCUGGACACGCUGUUGGGCAUACCUGGAAUCACUGGCACUGGAUGGAAGAAAGUGGUGCCAAUCUUCAAGAACAUCAGCAAGGCACAACCAAUCGCCUAUGGCAUGAGUAUAGCCAGCAUCCUCACACUCUUUGCGAUGAAUAAAAUGAAGUCGAUGAUACCAGAGAAGAGGACAAAGAUCAUUCAUCAUAUUGGAUUUUUCAUUCCAAGCGUGCUGGUCGUUGUGGUCGUUGGUAUCUCUGUCACUUCGGGCUUCCAACUGCAGGACAAGGGCCUGGCAAUACUUGGCUACACAGAGCCAAGCUUCCCCACGCCAACACUUCCCAAACUCAAUCAAUGGGAUGUGUUUAGCUCAUUGCUUGCACCUGGACUGUUCAUCACCAUCGUGGGAUUCGUCGAGUCGAUGGCCAUCUCCAAGAUAAUGGCCACCAAGCACAACUACCAAGUAUCGACCAAUCGUGAGCUUGUGGCCAUUGGUAUGUCCAACCUUGUUGGAUCGUUCUUCCUGGCCUAUCCCAUGUUUGCCUCGAUGACACGAUCGGUUGUCAAUGACCGAGCCGGUGCCAAGUCCCAAAUGGCUGGAUUUGUCACCUUCCUCGUCAUCCUGCUCACAUGUCUAUUCCUCAUGCCAGUGUUCCAGUAUCUCCCAAGAGUUAUAAUGAGCUCUAUAGUGUUUGUUGCAGCAUUUGGAUUGAUUGAACUACAUGAUAUUGUGUUCCUGGUGCGUGUACGUGCGUGGAAGGACUUGUUCCUUCUCACACUCACAUUCCUUACAACAUUCAUCUUCAGCACUGAGGUCGGCCUCAUUGUCAGCAUCUGCAUGUCCUGCUUUAUGGUGAUCAAACAUUCAUCUGCACCACACUUCUCUGUAUUGGGACGAUUGCCAGAGUCCACAAAGUACAAGGACAUUACACUGUUCACCGAUGCUCGACAGGUGGAUGGCGUGAUCAUCAUCCGAUUCGAGGAGAGCAUAUCCUUUUCAAACAUUGGCCAGGUCAAGGACAUCCUCUAUCGCAUUGAGAACAUGGGCAAGGCCACCGCGCACCCCUCCGAGACCAAGGACGACCAGGCGCCACUCAAGGGCGUCGUGUUUGAUAUGCGCAAUGUACCCCAGAUCGACCCCAGCUCCAUCCAGAUGGUCUACGAGAUUGUAGCCAACUAUGAGAAGAGAAAUAUUGUCGUAUGCUUCGUCAAGCUCAAGGAGAACAUCAAGAGAAUGUUCUUACGCGGUGGUCUAUACGACCUGAUUGGUGUCGAUCAGUUCUACUCCAGUAAUCACGAGGCUGUUAUAAGAGUACUUGGUGGACGACUACGUGUUCACUCCUCUUACUAUACACGCGAGUCCCUAAUAAGUUCAAAAGGUUGGGGUCAUGGUCCUGGCGGAGAUGGAAGCGGCAGUGGCAGUGGAUAUCACAGUAACAGCAACAAUAACUUUACUUCAACAUCAGAGACAUACAAUGCUGGAUCAGUUGUAUAA